AAAUUUAACUCCGUUGUGUAUCGACACACAUUGGGGUCAAAUUUUUCCAACAAUGAUCAGUGUCCAUUAACAUGUACUUUUAUUAAUCAGCUUUUGAAGUGCGCAACCGCACUUUUUUAAUUUUCAAUUUUACAAGGUUUCAAACCGGACUUGGCUGUGAAAAGGAAAACACCCAAGAGCAUUUACCGGAAAUCCGCAAAUCCCUAAUCCGAUUAAUCCUGCUUAGAGAGAUUAAAGAAUUUUAAAAACCCGACGGAUUAACAGCGGAAGUCACUCUGCAAAAUGAGAACGCUAAAUUCCAUAACACCAUCUGUUUGUUGUUCCUUCGUCCCGUAGCGCAGCGUUUUAUUAAUAAUGCACGGCCUAGACCUGCAUCUGCAUCUACACUUGUACACGUGUGCGCAUGUACUUUAUAAGCAGCGUAUUGAUCUUCUCGCCGUGUUUGUGCGGGGAAAGCGAGUCAGAGUAGACACACUCGGAUGAAUGAAAUAAUUUCCUCUGCGGGCAUUUUAUUAUCCUCUGCCUCACGUGGCACGGAAAUGCUGGUGGACACGGUGGUACUGUACAGUGAAGAUAUAGCGAGUAUGUUUGGCAUGGAUGUAGGGGCUAUGCAUUAGGGCAAUACAAUUUGUUUUUUUCUCCUAACACAUAUUCAAUUUGUAUGUUUGUUUUAAAGUAAAGAUUAGUUUUUUCCCCCCAAUUUUUGAUGUUUGCAUCCCUCUGAAAAAGGGCUUUCAUUUUGCGCAUAAAUUAACCCGGGCCCUUCGAGAUCAGAAUUUAUAUUGUCGGGCUGCAAACAAAUUUAAAUUUUGUAAGAAAUGUUUAAAUAUUCGUCAGUGGAUUUUUUUGGUUCAUAAUUGAGUAACAUACGGUAUUGCUUUGAAAAUAGCAAUUGAACAAACAAAUCUAUUUUUCAGAAUGAAACUCAAAAUAGCAUGGGGAAAUGUAGACAUGAAUUUAUCAGUGACUUGCUCAAACGAAAUGAGGAUGUGAAGAAUUUGCUCUAUUUCUAAUAUAUUUCGAUUUAACACUAAUGAUGUGCAGAUUUUAUGUGGGUGAAUAGGUUGAUUAUUUCCAUUGAUUUCCACUGUGAAAGACUUUGUGGAAAACCUCAGUACUUAGUAGUAGCUUUGGCAAAUUGUGUUGUGUUGGGUCAUGUUGAGUUAUGAAAUUUCAUACUGUAAUGUUUUACAUUUACGAUAUCUUGUAUACAUGUACAGGUACUGUUCACCGUUUCUAUAUUUCAGUAUGUUGUACAUGUACAUAUGUAUGUAUACGUAUAUAUCCCAUAGCCUAUAAUUAGCGUGGGGGAAUAGAAAAUAGUCUUAUUCCUUCAUGAUUGUACAUGCCAUAUGGCAAUUAACUUAACAUGUACAGUGUACCAGUAUAUUAGAAUAUUCUACAUGUAUAGAAAAUAUGUGUACAACCUGACGAAACUUCAAAAUUGCAUUUUUAGUUAACAAAAAAUAGUGAGUGGGACGUAGCUGUGUUGUACAAUGUAAUAGACCUAUGUAUAUCAUGCUUCCACCAUUUUAUUCAUGUUCCCUGUAUCCAGUAAAGGUACAGAAUGAUCAAGUUUGUGUGCAAAAAGGAACCAGACUAUUUUUCCCUCCAGCCUCGCUUUGGUUACAUUGAUCGGAAUGGGAAAAAAAUCAAAUGGCUGCAACAUGAUAAAUUGGCCCGGACCACUCAACCACUCAUCAACCAUGAACAUGAUGAAACAACAAGAUUGGCUACGACACUAGUGUGUUUGCUCCCUGCAUACAUUGGGCAUGAUAUUUAUGGCUUUUGCAGAUAUUUGCUGGUAAUUUUAUUCCAAGCUUAUUACAUGUAUGCGUGCAUACAGUAAGUGCUGGUUGUGUGGUAGACAUUGCAGACAUAUACUGGUAUACAUUGCAUGCAUUUUGUAUGAGAAUUAAGAUUUAAAAACAGCAGUUGGGAGCCUGUCUGAGUCCAGUGAUAAAGUAUUUCCAUCCGGACAACUGAACUGAGGCCCAGGUUCAACCGACUCCAGGUGUUAUUUUGGUAAAAUCUCCCUACUUGUCUUUCCACACAUUUGAACGUUAAUGCCAGUGAGCAGUGCGUCUGGUAUCAUGGGAGAAUUUGUCGGCGGGAACACAGUGGAUCGGUGGACAUGCCCAAACGACAGGCAACUGGCUCUCCGGGCCAAGCUGGGUUCUGGUUGGUCCUUCCACACCUCAGCCGGCAGCAAAUACAAGAAGAGCGAUGCCCUAAGCAGGGAGGAACAAGAGACGAUCCUGAAUGUGAUUGAGAGAGCAGACAAACUAGAGACGGCAGAGCAGGAGAGGAUAGGGCGGCUCGUGGACAAACUGGACAACAUGAAGAAGAACGCGCUUGGCAACGGAUCAGGGAAGUGUGUCCUGUGUGGGGACGAGUUUGGUCUGCUAGGUGCUUCGCCGCUAUCCUGCCAUGAUUGUUAUAAGGCUGUGUGCACAAAGUGCGGAGUAGACACAACCAACAGUUUCAAGCACCCGAUUCUGUUAUGCAAAAUAUGCAGCGAAACGAGAGAGUUGUGGAAGAGGUCAGGAGCCUGGUUUUUUAAGAGCCUUCCAAAGUACGUCAUUCCAGAGAAGAAGAUGGACCAGUCUCGAUUCCUCGGCAGGAGAAUCGAGACCAGAAAGUCUGGAAGAAAGUCUACAGUCGGUAGAGUCAACAAUACGUGGAACAAAGCUGAGGUCAGCGAGAGCGAAUCAGAAUCGUCGAGCUCGGAAGACGAAGUCAGCAUCGGCCGGAAGAGGAAACCCAAGAGGGAGACAAACACAGAUGACAACAUCAGCAUUGGCAGCAAGAAUGGCACGGGCAGCUCCAUGUACGGCAAUAACUACAUGGCGGGGAGUCGGACCAGCAUUGGCAGCGCUGGAUGGUAUGGGGGUGCUAGCACCACCGAGAGCAGCCACGACGCGGCGAGAGACGAGUCCGACAGUGAACGCAGCACGCUCGGAGACAAUGAUCUGAGCCGCACCAGCUCCGUCCGCUCUGGCGGCAGCAGCGGCCCAACGGCCCCACUCAAACCGGACCAAGAGGAGGAAGACUUGGACCGCGCCUUCACCCAGUUUGGCUCCGCCUCCCAGACCAGCUCGGCCCCGCCCAGUACAAUGGGCGGCGGCUUCGACUCGCAGGAUUACAGCCUGCCGGACGCGCUUGGGUCCAGUCCGGAUGAAGGAAGUUCUUUGGGAACGUUGGAGUUUUCAGUACUGUACGACGGCGUCAACAACGCACUUCACUGCACCAUCCACAAGGCAUCGGGCCUGAAAGCCAUGGAUUCCAACGGUCUGUCAGACCCCUACGUCAAGCUCCACCUACUGCCCGGAGCCACUAAGUCCACCAAGCUUCGCACCAAGACAGUCCACAAGACUCUGGACCCCAAGUUCAACGAGACGCUGACGUACUACGGAAUCACCGACGAUGAUUUGAUCAAGAAAACACUCAGACUCUCUGUACUGGAUGAGGAUAAGUUUGGUCAUAAUGACUUCAUCGGCGAAUACCGCCUACCACUUCGGAAACUGACGCCCCACACGACCAAGAAUAUGAGCGUCUACCUGGAGAAACAACUGCCGCUUGAGAAAGACGAUGAGUUGAUGGGAGAGCGAGGCAAGAUCCUGGUAUCGCUCAAGUAUCUGAAGGGGAGCCAGCAGCUCGCCGUCGGUAUCCUGCGCUGUGCUGGCUUAGCGGCCAUGGAUGCUAACGGUUACUCCGAUCCCUAUGUCAAAGUGUAUCUGAAACCAGAUGCAGGCAAGAGGACGAAACACAAGACUGCUUGCAAGAAGAGGACGUUGAAUCCUGAGUUCAAUGAGGAGUUUCAUUAUGACGUCGCCCACAAUGAUCUGGCUAAGAAGACACUGGAAAUAGCUGUCUGGGACAAAGAUCUCGCCAAGCACAAUGACUACAUAGGGGGCAUUCAGCUCGGCAUCAAUACCAAAGGCGAACGCCUGCGCCAUUGGUUUGAGACCCUCAAGCACACGGACAGGAGGUUCGAAAGAUGGCACACGCUCUCCGAUGAAAUCUUUACGGCGGAUGACUGAAAAAAAAAAAACCAGCUAAAUCAUCCAAGAGCAUGCUUGAAGGAUUGUUGUAGCAAAAAAAACCUUAGUUAGUUUUAAGAUCUGAGAAAUUUAUUGUGUUAGCAAGGUUUUAAUGUCAGUCCCUGUGACAAAUUUCCUAGAAACCAGUUCCGUGAUGAUGUAACAUUCCUGAAUUAAACGGUUUUGUACACAAACUGCAAAGAAACAAAAAGAGCGUAGCUUCUUAAAAAUAGCCCCUGGACCUAUAAAACAGUGGCUAUAUUACACAGUUUACUAUAUUCAUCUCAUGAGUUUAAAAGAUUCACAGAAUUUAAACCAGUGGAAAUCUGUCACUGUUAAAUCUAUGUAGUUUCAUCUCAACAAUUGAACAAGUUACACAACUCAAAAUAUAAACCCACCGUUAUUCAAUGCACGGUAUUCUUAUUUUUACAUUUGCCACCAUAAACGUGACCUGAAAUUAUGCAGAAAUAUAUUACAGGAUGAACAAAAGCGAGAAAGUCUUUCAAGAAGCGAAUUACAAAUUUUGACACAAAUUGUGUGAGCGCAAAAAUGAGGUGUGGUGCGUGUAUUCUUGCAAAUUGUCUCUAUUCGCUUUAAAUUUAGGGGAAAAAAUUGGUGAUAUGCAUAGUCAGCGAAAGAAAAAAGUGACUUUUGCUUAAACUUGUAAAAUGAUCUUAGCAUUCCACCCUCGUAGAUAUCAUGUGACCUCUGAUGGUCGUCAGGGGUCAAUGAACAUUGCGUAUCCUAUUUAUAGAUAACAGGAUGAUUAAUUAUUCAAAACACCAAUUUUUUUUUAACCAAUAUCGAAAUUUUGAGUAUUUUUGCCAUGAUAUGAAUUUUCAGAUAUGUAGACAUUUCAGAUUUGACCUCUGAUGACCUUUGCGGGUCAAUGAACUUUGUAUACUCUGAUUGCCUUUAUUUAUCAUGUUUCAUCUUCCAAAUGCCACUUUUCCAUGUCCGAAGUCUAAUUAGUGCAAAAGGAGUGUAUUUUAAUUAUUCUACAGCAUGUCAUGAGGUCGGACCCCAAAGAAUUUUUUUGCAUGACCUCUGAUCGGAAUUUUCCUUUUUAUAAGGGCAGACGCAGGCGCAACAGAAUACAAGAGGCACAUCGGCCAAGCAUGACUCUAUAACAGUGACAAUUUGGCUUGAUAAAAAGGUUAAAAACGUGGUUAUCCAAGUCGAUCUGGAUACAACAGAGUGUAAUAAGUAAACGAGUGAAUAUUGCUUGACACGUACAUUUUCCAUUACAAAACAGACCGUCAGAUUUCUAUUCCAAUCUCAUCAUAUUGUGUCUGCCAAUAAAACAAAGAGAGACGAGGUCAGAGGUCACCAGAGCUCUCAGAGGUCACCAGAGGUCUGAUAUGAAUUGUGCCCACAUCUGAUCAUUAUUUUCAUUGUAUGAAGACGUAUGACAUAGACUUGGGUCAUAGGAGAGUUAAGGUUUGAAGAACAAAAGUUGUGAGUAGAGUAUGUAAAUUCAUUGAGGUCACCAGAGGUCAAAUAUGAAAUGCCUCUAUAUCUGAAAAUUUUCUUAAUGGCAUGAAGAAUCAACUUACAAAGUUUCAUGCUUUUUAUGACAAAUUGCACAAUCCUUUGGCAUAUUGGGGCUAUGCCGCACCACUAUUACAUGUAACCCGUAUGUAAUAAAGUACUGCGAUGUUUCAACUGUUUGCAAGUUAAAUACCGAAGGUUUGAAAACAUUUUUAAUUAUUUGUGCUCUGUAUGUUUAACUCAAAAGAAGACAUGAAAGAUCGUGUGAACUUAGCUCCUUUGUUUUAUAAUUCGGGUUUCGUUCAAACGUUUGGGGACAUUUGUAAACGGAUUUAGAAUGUUUUCGUUUACACGAGUAAAUGUCACAUCCUUACAAAUACAAAGCUAAUCCCUCCAAUAGAAGAUGUGUUAUACACCACGACAAACUGUGGACAAUUUUCAAUGAAAAAAUAUAUAUCUGGACAAAACAGUUCCUUUUUACGAUGUAGAUUUCAAAAAAAGAUAUUGGGUAAAUCUGCAGCUUUUUCAAAGUAGUAUUUAGAACUACUAGAUGUGCAAUUGUUGUUUAGUAAGGAAAUAUAGGGUAUUAGUUGUUUUUUUUUGGCUUUUCUGGACAUCCAAAAAAGCCUUUGUUUUUUAUUUUUUAGAGAUUUUAUUCUUUUUCUUGUCAACUUAUUUUUUAUUGAGAUAAGCAAUGCUCAAAUUCGUGAAAUAAAAAUUGUAAAUAAUAGAAAUUCUCUAAUUAAAAAAUAUCUAAGUGCUCUGUGUAGCUAAAAUAGUAAAUAUAUUUACAUGAAAGUCUAUUAUCAGUGAACAAUGUAUGCUGUACUAAAGUAGAAAAACAUAUAUAUUUAUCUUCUAAACUGUAAAUAAUGUAUUUCCAGAAAUUAUACAAAUUAUGGGCGUCUAUCUAAAAAUCCCAGAAAUCUAUAUAAACUGUAUUCAUCAGAAAUAUAUUAAUUGUGCAACUCUAUAUAUUCAUUAAUGAUUUAUUGAUUGGAAUUUCAAACAACUGAUUGAUUAAUUUAGUAAUUUAUUGAGAAGACAGAAAUUGAGGAAAGCCGAGUUAUUCCAAAUUUCAUUCCAGGAAAGAGUGUAAUAUUGAUUGAUCGAUUUUUCAAGUUUAAUAUUGAUUAACCUGGUAAGAUAUAUUGAUUGAUUGGAUCCACUGUCUGUAGACAAAAUGCCAGUGGUCAUCGAUAUAGAAUUGUGUAUUAAUUUAUUGAUCAAGUGAUUGAUUGACAAGGCAAUUCUGAAGACUUUGCCAAACAAUUUACUCUUUGACUAUUUUUGGUUGAAAAGCACUUUUUUGAAUGAGCCAAAAUAUAUCGGCCACCUUUUAAAAUGAAGUCAAAUACAACACAUAUUCUGACUCUUUAGAGUCAGUAGUACAAUAUUGUUAGAUACUUCUCGUCAUUACUUCAUAUUUUGGCAACACGCCACGGAGCAAUAUUUGCUAUGAGGACAUGCCAUGUAUAGCGGCCAAGUUCAAGUUCAAACAAGGGUGUGUACAAAAACAAUGGGAACCACUGACGCGUAUACCCGUCCACCGCUGGAGUUUCGGGGUGGAAAGCUUGACAAUUUAACAUGUCACUCAUUCCUAUGAACAUACAUACAUGUAUCCUCCGACGUUAACUGGUCUUAAACGCAACUGCACAAGAACUUGGUAAAAGUGUUUUUUGGAAAAGAAAAAACAACAAUUUCAAAAGUGUUGACGAUAAAUGAUCAGGUGUUUUGGGGAGUCUGUCAGAACGUUUGAAGAAAAGAAGAGAAAACUGAAAUUCAGAAUGUUCACUGCUCGAUUGCUAUUUCAGGGAAAGAUCUAAUCUAGAGAUUCUACACCAUAAUUCACGGAGAUCCCUACUUCAUGUUAAGCAGUGAAGGGCCAAAAUGGUGCCCAUGAUAUUGAUCAAGAAAGAACCACACAAAUGACCUAUCGCCGUUUGUGAGUUAGCCACGCCCCUUAGACAACCCUAUGGAAAUUUUGUACACCAAGUUUGGUUUGUCUCAGAUUUUGCGCGUUCCGUGUCCAUUUGUAUAUCAAGUAAUUGGACAAUAUUUCACAAGCUGUGUUGAUGUGAUUCCAAAGCGAUUCUACCGAGAUAGGUCAAUUUCAUAUUGAUGUACGCGCACACAAAAAUAGUACGAAAUUGUCAGAAAUUGUAGCUGAUUUUUGUUUUUUGCCACAAAAGUUCAGUCCUAUUCAUAAAUUAUCGCUGCUAUUGUAUGUGCAUGUUUUGCAGAUAGGCCUGUGUGACAAAUCGGUCCUUUCCAAUUUUUAUGAAGUUUUUUCCUGUUCUCUUAAACUAACUUAUCAAACUGUGACCAACACGGUACUGAUAGGUCGUGUAUUAAAAAAAACAGAAGGGUUCGGAACGAAAUCGGGUAAACUGAAGCAGAUAACGUAGUGUUUUUAUUAUGUACAUGUAUGUAUUAUGACUUGAGAUGUAUUAACCCACUUCUUGACUGCGGAGGGCGCUGUUUAGUUGGUUUUUUGGACAGUUAUGAUACUUGGAAACAAAAACGUUAAGAUUUUGUGGUUGUGCGCCUCAAAAUUUAAGAUUUUUUUUAGGUCAUUAGCAAAUAGUGGUGUUAACAGUAUGUGUUCAGUAGCUUUUUUACCAUUUCCCUAAGAAAACUUUAAAUAACGUGACAAUGUUUUUGUGCUUAUUUAUUCUUGAAAAGUUAUUAAUAACUGCUGAGAUAUUGGAAAACUAAUUUACAGCAACUACACGUGACGUAUUUUAUAUAAGUCAUUUAAUCCACCUUUUAAAAUACAUGUAUGUGACCAUUACCGAUUUUUAUUAUAUUACCGAAAAAAUGGAAGUUUAAGAGAAAUUUCAGCUACAUUGUAUAGGCAGGAAAAAUGCAUUUGAUGCUUAUCAGAUUUUAUUAACUAGAAAUGUAAAAUACGUUGAAUGUGAACCACCUUUAAAAUAUCUUUUCUCCACCAAAACAAUAUGCCACCGCAGAGAAAUAAUUUUAAUUAUAAAGAAAUAAUUAAAAAUUAACUUGAAGUAGGUUAAACUGUAAAAUUAAUGUAAACAGCCAAAGUUAUUUAAAUAUUGAUAUCGGAACAUCCAAAAAAAACCUUUUUGGAGGGGUGCGUGUAAAAAAAACCCCACCAAACCCUAACAGCCAUUAGGUAGGGUUUUAAAAGACCUUGCUGUAAAAAAGAGUAUACAAUUUAUUCUUAGUAAUUUAGCCAAAUUGAUGUUUUGCUUAAUUAUGUCAUAAAAGUGGGGGCCCUGAAAAUCGGUGGCCACUCCCCAAACAGCUGCUGCACAUUGAAAUUGUCCUAAAAAUGAAAACUAAGAGGCAAUCGUUUGUAAUUUAUUCCCUUCAAAUCAAUAUCGUGUAUGUGAUAUCCAUCCCUCUACCAACAUUUUGUCCAGCAAUGUAAAUAAAAAAAAUCCAAAAUAUUAAAGUGAUGAUUUGUUUUCUGUAUGACAUAAAAUAACUGAUAUUAAAAGCUCCAGUUGAGAUAUUUUUGUAAAGCAGCAGCUGUAAAUCAGAUCUUCGGUAAUAAUCCAGCAUCUACGGUAACUUUGUUAUGUGAUUAUCUCAGUGUUAUGACCCUCAGUGUUAUCUCAGUGUUAUGGUUAAAAUAUAAUAUUCAUAAAUACCUAAGACAGUUUAUCCAUUUCUAUUGGUCAAGAGCGCAUCACGUGGCUGGUUUUAAACCAUUGAUAAAAUACUGGCUGGUUUUAAACGCUUAAUUCCUUGCACCGCUGUGUUCUGCGCCACAGCGCAGUACAUGCCACAUAGCGCAGUACAUAUGCCACGGUACAUGCCACGCGCACGCCAAGGAGAUUUUUUAGCACAAUGUGUGUGAGGCACAUACCAUAGACAUGGCCAGAGCGGUGUCUCACAAAACAUGAAGUAAAAUUGUUGAACAAAAUCGUUGGGAAAAUGUGAAUUUUUGACUUGUUUUGACUUUUUGACUGAAAGGUAUUUAUGAAUGGGAAUACAUACGUACUUGGCCGGUAUUAAACAAGUGCGUUUAAAACCGGCUUGGGCCUGGUUCGUGAUUUAUCUGCCCAUAUUUAUUCCCUUAGUAGUUUUACUGAGAUGCCCCAAAGUAGUGUUAAUUUAAGAGUUGUAUUAAGAAAGAUGUAUUCUGCACAUAAAAUAAAACGAUAUUCAGUGGUUCUUUGGUAUAAUAUAAAAUAUUUCAGAAAAGUUGCAGAAAGUGGAUUUUUUUAAUGAAAGAUCUGAUAUUUUUUCUUGAAAUCUUUGAAGAAUCUAGCUAAAAUUUGAUAGUAAUAUCAUGUGAUUUGAGUGUGCCAAAAGAAUGAAUGUUUCACAUUUUUUUGUGGAACUAUUUCACCUGUUUAUGUUAUCUUUGCUUGGAAAACAUGAUUAAGCAGUGUUUUAAAAAAAAGACAUUAAUGUGGCCUUUCCAAUAUAUGCGUGGUUGUAAUUAUGUGCAUAUUUAAAUGAGGCAAUUUGAAUAUUAAGGGUGGGGAAAUAUCUGCAGCCAACAAAUGUGCUUAUAAUGUGAUGUCUAGACUUGCAAUAUUCUUAAAACAUGGAGGAGUUGUGUAUUAUUUGGGUCAAUCCAAUAAUUUGGGGUCCAACUAUUGUGUGUCCCUCAUAUAAGACUUAACCGAACUCAACCCAUCAAAGCCCAACAGCAGGUUUUGUUGAAAUCUGUUGGGAUAGGUAUAGUACCCCUAUUAACAUUGGAUUUGGCAUACCUCCAGAAAGUCCAACAAUGAUACUUGCAUGGCAAAUAACACUGGUCAGUGUAACACAGACACCAACAAAAUCACACUUUUGGACCCCAAAUUUAAUGGAAUGAGCCACUUCUAAGUAAUUCUGAGUGAUUCUGUACUAGGAAUAGACCGAUCCAUUAUACUGAUCCAUUAUUAGCCACGCCCACUGCACAUGUGGGCAACAGUCACAUAUGGUCCAUAUGCGCACAUCUUAAUAUUCAAGUCAAGACUUCACAUGACAUUUUGUGCACUGAUGUCCGAAAUUAAUCAUGGCUGUGAUUGGUCAAAACAUCACAGGGUGGGCAUUAGUGGAUCCGUCUAUUGAAUUACGUCUCAUGAUUAUUUGAUGAACAGUAGUUCAAAUGUAUGUCAUAAAACUUGCAUGUUUGUAGUUAAUAACUUUCCACAUGAAAAUAAGUUACUAUUGUUGUUGUCAUGGUUUGGCCUUGUAUGUGUGUCGUAACUUUGUGCCGAACACUUUCCAGUAGAUGAGCAAUUGUACAAAUAAAGUGCACAAACAUGCCGGAAAAAAGAGGAA